GAAUCCCACCCCUGGGGGAAGCCCCGCCCUCUCCUAGGAUCCGCCUUAAAUCCCAGCCCGAGCCCGCUACUACGCGGUUGCAGCCAUCUUCUCUAAGUCUUGCAACUAGCAGACUCUUGGGCUUCAGGAUGGUUCGUGCUAAGAGCUGGACCCUGAAAAAGCACUUUGAAGGCCUCCCUACUAAUAGUGACUUUGAGUUGAAGACCACUGAGCUCCCACCCUUAAAAAAUGGAGAGGUCCUGCUUGAAGCUUUGUUCCUCACCGUGGAUCCUUACAUGAGACUGCUAUCCAAAAAACUGAAGGAGGGUGAUGCAAUGAUGGGGCAGCAAGUGGCCAGAGUUGUGGAAAGUAAAAACUCAGCCUAUCCAACAGGAACUAUAGUACUGGCUCAUUCAGGCUGGACAACGCAUUCCAUUUCUGAUGGGAAAGGGCUGGAAAAGCUGCUCGCAGAGUGGCCAGACACGUUACCAGUAUCUUUAGCUCUGGGGACAAUUGGCAUGCCAGGCCUAACAGCAUACUUUGGCCUACUUGACAUCUGUGGUGUGAAGGGUGGAGAAACGGUGAUGCUUAAUGCAGCAGCAGGAGCAGUGGGCUCUGUUGUGGGGCAGAUAGCUAAGCUCAAGGGCUGCAAAGUGGUUGGAGCUGUAGGGUCUGAUGAAAAGGUUGCCUACCUUAAAAAGCUUGGAUUUGAUGUUGUCUUUAAUUACAAGACAGUGAAGUCUUUGGAAGAAGCUCUGAAAAAAGCCUCUCCUGAUGGUUAUGACUGUUAUUUUGAUAAUGUAGGUGGAGAGUUUUCAAACGCUGUUAUCUCCCAGAUGAAGAAAUUUGGAAGAAUUGCUAUAUGUGGGGCCAUCUCUCAGUAUAACAGUACUCUGCCACCUCCCCCAGGCCCACACCCACUGACUGUCAUCUUCCAGGAACUCCGCAUGGAAGGGUUCGUUUUCACCCGCUGGCAGGGAGAGGUCCGUGAGAAGGCGCUGAAAGACUUACUGAAAUGGGUCUUGGAGGGUAAAAUCCAGUACAAUGAAUACAUCACAGAAGGAUUUGAAAACAUGCCAGCUGCAUUUAUUGGAUUGAUGAGAGGAGAUAAUUUGGGAAAAGCAAUAGUGAAAGUAUGAGAAAAAUGACACAUGGAAGCUGGAUAUCGUUUUGUUACUCGAUUUGUGUUUUCCAUCAUUUGGUAAAAAUGUAUACUGCCUUAAUCAUCUAAGAAAUAGUAACUGUAAUGAGUUUUACCUACCUAAUAAAAGACAUUUAAGUAUAA